GCCUUCUGGCAGAGGUUCUGAGUUCUGCACUUCGUCGCCACUGCCAGUGCAGAACUCAUCUUGCUUGGAAAAGUUCCAAAAGUGAGGGUGCCCCUGGGGCGAAGACUUUCCCGCUCUGCAAAACGUUCUUCCUUCACAAGCUAGGAUUCCAUUUAAGGAGCUCCACCAAUCAAAUUUGACAGCUAACAGCGGCUGGGCGUACACCACUGAGUUUCAGAUGGCGGCCCGAGGCGCCCUCCUCCGGCUCUCGUCCAACUUCUUUAGCUCAUAUAUCCCCUCCCUUAGACCCGCUCUUACAGCAACCGCUAGUGUAUCCUGUCAGUCAACAGAUCAUCCUUUCACAAACCAAGGGUUUAGCAGGGGUUUAUGCACUGACGCCCCUGGACAAACUGAGUCAGCGCCUGGAUUAAGCCAAAGCUCAAGCCAAGGUCUCAACCAAGGGACAAGCCAAAGGUUAAUUCAAGGGUUUAGCAGGGGUUUGAGCACCGAUGCAGCUGGGAUGGGUCACACUGCCCCAUACCGUCUCCGGCCAGAGAGCGUGCAGCGGGUUAUCGAGGCAGCGCUAACCCUGGUUAGGGAACUGGUUCACCUGAAAGGCGAGACGGUUAAGCGGUUGGAAAAGGACGCAGAAAAAGUGCCGGCACUGCUGGGGCUGCCCCUGGGUCACAACUCAUCCUUCCAACAAGGCCCUGCGUUUGCCCCCGCCUUGAUCCGUGAGAGCAUGUGGUGCCACAGCACCAACUCCUUCACCGAGAAAGGCAUUGACCUAAACGACAUCCGAAACCUGGUCGACGUGGGAAACCUCCCGAUCCAAGAGCUGCGGGACUGUGGAGUGGACGACAAGCAGCUGUUUGACGCCAUCUCCUCAGCCGUCAAGAUUAUCUACCAGCAGAAACCCCUGUACCCGAUCGUCAUGGGUGGCGACCACUCAGUGACGUGGCCUGUCGUGCGCGGCGUGGUCGAGGCAGCGGGCCAGCCGGUCGACAUCCUGCACUUCGACGCGCAUCCCGACAUGUACGACUGCUUCGAAGGCAACCGGUACAGUCACGCGAGCGGGUUUGCAAGGAUCAUGGAGGAUGGGUUGGCCCGGAAUCUGCUACAAGUGGGAAUACGCUCAAUCACGGGCGAGGGCCGCGCGCAGGCCAAGAAAUUUGGUGUACGCCAGUUCGAGAUGCACUCGUACGAGGACCACCGGGAGUACCUGGAAAACCUGACGCUCGGGGAAGGCUGCGCCGGCGUCUAUGUCUCCAUCGACGUCGACUGUCUAGACCCUGCGUAUGCGCCAGGCAUCUCGCACCACGAGCCCGGCGGCAUGUCCUUCCGUGACGUCAUGAACGUGCUGCACAACCUCAAGGGGAACAUUAUUGGCGCUGACGUCGUCGAGUACAACCCGCAACGGGACCGAGACUCAAUGACGGCGAUGGUGGCCGCCAAGUUUGUCCGGGAGCUGGCAGCUAAGAUGGCGAAGUAAUAUGAGGUUAAAAUGAGAGCGUUACCCAAAAGCGAAGGGAGAACAUAACAAGCAUAACUAUGAGAUUGGAUAAUCUUGAGAACCCACCGGCCUUAGACAGGGAACGAGAGAAGAAGAGCGCAAGCACCAAGUUUUGUCUCGAGUUGUCCCGUGCGAAUUAGGGUUUUGGACGGGUAGUGCUUACGAUCGGACUCGACAGUGAGAUUGAUGCAUUGUCUCUUCCGGCGAUUGAAUCCUGAUGAAUUGCAGGCGACAGCGAAACUUCAAGGUCGGCAGUUUGCCCGGCACUGUACGGAUCUUUCAAGUCGUUGCCGUCGAAUUGAAUUGAUCGUACAGAAAGUAUGUUAAAUCUGGAUAAAAGAUGUCCUCUGCCGCGUGCGCAGUUGAGCUUCGUAAUCUGACUUUCCGC